AUGUUACUCAAGCGUUGCAGCACCGCCUCAUGCCGCGUCAGCCAUGUGAGCGGGCGACGAGCGGUGUCUAUCCCACCACGGGCCUUCGCCUUUCCCUCAACCCCCUACGCGCAAUCUUCAAGCCCGCCCCUCCUCCCUCCCACCCUGGGCACAUUGGCGCCAAUCGACCUCGGUUCCCGGCCGCUCAGCUACCGCACCAUCACCACAGACCCCGUUUUCCGUCCCGUUGUUAGAAGCGACCAGCAAGACGCCCCAGGUCCUCCUAAGCUGCUAUCCCGCCACUUGACCUCCAACCCCCUGCACGCCCUUACGGCGUGGCUGCGCGAGCAAGCGGUUCGGCUGGAUCUGGCCUUCGCGGCCGCCAUGGACCGCAACCCUUUCGCGCACUGGGCGGCGGCGGCAGCAACGGCCGCGUUGACCUACCUGGGUCUUCAUCCUCUCAGUGUGCUGCGUCUGGGUAUUCCUGCUGCGGCGGCUGACUGGCUGGAGGCCCGCCUGGGUGGCGAGUGGGCGGUGGGCCUUGUGGGCCUUGUGGUCCUGGCAGUGGGGCUGCUGGCGGCCAUGUGGCAGCUGAGGAGCUGGGUGGCCUCACACCUGGCCUUGAUGAGGUUUGAGGCGGUGGUUCGAGCUGCCGCCGCCGUCGUGGCCUCCGCGAAGGAGGAGGAGGAGGCGGUACGGGCCACCGCCACCACAACAACCCCACGGACGUCGUCACCAUCACCGUCACUAGCAGCAGCCGCAGCAGCAGCAGCAGCAGCAGACCGGUCGACAUCACCUUCAACAUCGACAUUAUCAUCUACGUCAUCACCUUCGCCUGCAGCAGCAGCAGCGGCAGCGGCGGCUCCAUCAGGGCCGUUCCUGAGUUUGGUUCCGGAGCCUUUGCGGGGAUUGUUCGCGGGCAAUUGGAAGAGCACGGACAGGACGUGGCUACUGCUUAUCAUGGCGGGCCGCCUGAGCGCGCUAUAUACCGCGGCGAGUUGCCUCCUGUACGGCACUGCCACCGCCGCGGCGGUCACGGCGGCGGUGGCUUACGCCGUAGUGUGCUUCGGAGCCUCGCUUCUGCCCCUGGCGCUGCCGCACAUUCGGCAUCUGCUGGCGGCAUCGCCAAAGGUUGCCGGACAAGGGGGUUCCGCAGCUCUGGCGGCGGCGACGGUGCUUGCCGAUGCGGCGUUCCUGAUGGCGCUAGCGCCGCUGGCGCCGGCGCCGGCACGCGCCGCAGCAGCGGCGACGCUUGCGGCGUGUUCUGGCCUGGCGGCGGUGGCGGCAGCGGCGUCACCGCGACUGGCGGCGUCGCAGGCUGCACCGGGCGACGUUGCAACGUUCCAUGUUGUCGUACGGCUGCCCACCAGCGGUACACUGAUCGACACCACCCGGGGCCACCAACCCUUGACGGCUGUUGUGGGGGAUGACGUAGCUCCGGGCGUCGACGGCGGCGCCACCGCCGACGGCGCCGCCGAGGCCUCCGUGGCAGCGGCCGGCGACCCGCAAGCGCGCUUCCGGCCUCUGAAGGCGUUGUUGGCGGCAGCGGUGCUGCCGGGCAUGUACCUCGACGAGCGCCGGACUGUGGAAGUGGCCGUCGACGGCGACGACGGCGGCGGCGGAAUGCCGUUUCGCAACCCAGGCCUGGUUUGGUGGCAGCCUGUAGAUGACUUGCAGCGGAAGUUGGGCAGUGAGGAGCGCGCGCUGCGUGCCGGCGAUGUGUUUUGGUACCCGGUGGGAAGCCUGGUUUCGGAGCUGGGCGCCAGUGGGCGGCUCAGUACAGCAGCGCCAUCUUCGAUGUCGGGAGCGUCUUCAUCGGCGGCUGCGGCGCUGCCAGGCGCGGAUAGCUGGGGUCCUGUGGAGGUGAUCGCGGCUAGUGAGGGUUGGGUUCAACUUGAUGCGAAUGCGGGACUUCGAGGGGGCCAGGCGGAGGUGGAAGUGCAGCUUGUGGGGCUUGGGAAGAAGAAACAGUAG